AUGCCUACAGAUGAAGAUACUACAAAUUUGGCAAUGGAAGACCCCCCCCCCCCUAAUGAUCGUCCUACGGUUACGCUAUUCAAUGAAGCGUUCCAUCCAUCUAAGGUUGCGACAAAGGCUGUCACUUUGUCCAUUAGGCAACAAUUUGGUCAGCCUUGGCCUACAUGGGGAGCGAUUCCAAAAGAUCAUCAGGAACUUUCUUUCCAACGUUUUAAGUCAGAGGAGCUUGGUCGAUCUAUAUAUGUAGAUGAGGUCUUUCAACAAACUCAUUUACAAAAGGAUACUGGUCAAUUUGUCGAUGAUAGAUCUAGACAAACACAUGAAGAAUUUGAGGCUAGACUAUCUGAAGCUAGGUUUGAUGUUGCAUCAAGCGUUGGUGAAUCACAACUCACUCCUUUAGACCCUCCUGAAGAACAAAGACUUAGGAGUCGAUGUUGGGUUGCGGCUGCAGGACCAAAGCGUAAAGGACGCCUUUAUGGUACUGGAGACCUUGCUCGUACUUACAAAUGUGGAAAUGACAUCUUCAUACAGCAUACGCAAGGAUCUUCCAGUCGCACUGAAGAUGUUGCAGAGAUUAACCGACUGAGGGAGGAGCUACAUCAAUCAAAGGAGGAGAUGUGUGUUUUUCAGUCAGUUGUCCUUUAGUUCUUACCUCCUGAAGCGAGGAACAUUAUUCAUCAACAACAACCUCACCAAUAGCACCAGCACCAGGACCAACAACAAGACCAGUACCAACACCAUGCAGAUGACCAGUAGGAACAUGAUGACUAACAAAGACACUCUCCUGAUAACUACUUUGAUUACUGACUAAGCAACACAGACAAUCAACAUUGAAG